UAAGGCGCUCCUCCCGAUAAAGGCAUCUGCAGGCAACAACCGAUUAUCUACAUCUGAGCGCCAGUCUGCGCAAUUGCCUGUCGCUGUUUUGGUGUUUCAGGUCGGAGUGAAUUUACUGAGAACGAUGGAUGCACCAGGAAGCAAUGGUCCGGAAGUUACUGACUAUAUCCACCACUCCAUGAUGGAGGCGGCCCUGAAGAGGCAUUUCUCGUGUGACACCAUCACUGUGGAGUCCAUCGUGGUGGAGCCGGCGAACAAGGUCGGCGCCGGUUACGGCAGCCAUAUGUCCAGGGUGAGGGUCGCCUUCAGGAAGGGCGAGGAAGAGACGACUCGGCAGCUGCCGUUGAUCGUGAAGGCCGACCAUAGCAGAGCGGAGGCGCAGCAGCAGGUCCGUAAGUGGGACGUAUUCAAGACGGAGGCGCUGGUGUUGGGCGAAGUGAUGCCCAUAGCGCACGAGGCUCUGCGCCUGGUGGAGGGCGCAAUGUUCCGUCCACUGGUGGCCACGUGCCUGCACCACGGCACCACGCCCAGGGCCUUCCUCGUGCUGGACGACCUGGUGGCGGCCGGCUAUCGACUGGCAGACGCGGAUCGACCUCUCGACUACCAGCACUGCGAGGUGGUGAUGCGAGCGUACGCACGCCUCCAUGCUGGUACUGCCUAUGUGCUCAGCAAGCUCCCUGACUGCGGUGCCCAACUCAAUGUCGAUUACUUCAGCACUGAGGACAUGGAGUUUAUUCUGCGGCCGAUGAUGCAAAGUACGUUUUCCGCUGUUGCCGAUUUCGUGAAGAGAAUUCCUAGCUAUGAGCACUGUGCAGACAAGUAUAUGGAGCUCACAGAUACAUUACUGCCACUGAUGAGAAAGACGUUGAAGAAAAAAGUACAAGAUACUAAGCUGAAGGUACUGGUUCAUGGUGACUGCUGGAAGAACAACAUGAUGUUCAAGUACUCGUCAGGGGAUGUUGGUGAUGUGCGGUUCGUCGAUUUUCAGAUGACACACGUGUCCAGCCCUGCCCGCGACCUGGCAUACUUCCUGUACGCGAACACCGGCCUGGAUGUGCACGAGCGCCUGCCUUCACUGCUGGAGACCUACCACACACAGCUACAGGCGUCGCUGCGCGCGCUGGGGAUGGCAGCUGCGGCGGACGCCUACCCGCUGGACGAACUGCUCAGGGACAUGGAGGACCUGAAGCAUUUCACCCUCUACACUUCCGCCUUCUGUGGUUUCGUGGUCUCCUCGGAGCGCGUCGGAGACAAAUUCACGCGAGCUCUACAGGACUUCAAUUUUCAGCCAGACACAUUGUAUGGCGUGUAUGACAACGAAUACUCCCGACCAUAUAUGCAGUACAUCAUACGCCACUUCGAGAGUAAGGGGCUCCUGUGAAUCACAUUGACUAUACAGUGUGAUACAGCACUAGAAUUGCAUAAUGACUUCAGUAUUUUAUGCGACAAAUCUUGCCACAGCACUACAACGUCUGCAAUACAUGCAGAGUGAAAUAAUUGUUAAUUUAACUUUCAACUCCAUGUGUAACUUGCUCCGUUCACCUUCUCACUGAAUGAAUUUUUUUUCUAAACGACAAAAAUAAAAAAUCAGUAUCUCUGGUUGUCAUUAA